UUGUGAUAUCCGCACGCGGUGCUGUCGUUUAGCGCUUUGUGCGCCUUUUAAGCUGUUUUCGCCCUAACGUGUUUUCUGGGCUCACUGAGUGUAGCAGUUUCCAGCCCGUCAGUCGACUGCCCUUUGUUGUUUAACACACAGCUUUCACCUUAGGCCCGUUUAUUGACAGCUACGUGUACCUGUGCGCUCGCAGCCACCGUGGACUAGCCACUUAGCAUCACCUUGGCUCAAACCGCCCAGUCCUUCUCGCCAACUUUCAGAGCCAGCUGAGAUGAGCGGUCCCGAGGUGGCCAAGACACCAGGAGGCGGUGGUCCGGGCAAGGAGGGCAAGGAGCCGGUGGCCAAUGGGCACACGGGAGAGAGCAGCGACGCCAACCCCUUCGCUGAGUACAUGUGGAUGGAAAAUGAGGAGGAGUACAACAGACAGGUGGAAGAGGAGCUGUUAGAGCAGGAAUUCUUGGAGCGCUGCUUCCAAGAAAUGCUAGAGGAGGAGGACCAGGACUGGUUCAUCCCGUCACGUGACCUCAACAACCAGGGGGUGGCGCAGCUGCAACAGCAGCUCAACGGCCUGUCCGUCAGCGAUCACCACAGCAACCUGGAGGAAGUGGCAAGGAAGAGCAUCUUGAAUCCUGAAGCAAAGGAGUUUGUCCCGGGAAAGAAAUACUAGGAGUCCCCCUCACCCCCAUGGAGCCUCCACAUGCACAAACACAGACACACACCAGUCCUCACUUAUUCUCAGAGACUCUGGCAAUUGCAGCCACACACACACACACACACACACACACAUACACUCUGAUUAUCUUACAUAGACACACACGCUCAUCCCUACACUCUUGAAGUCAAUGGCGUGCUGGCAGGCCCAAUCGGGGGGUGGGGGGAUUUCUUUAAUUUUUUUUUCUUUAUUCUUUUUAUUUCCUGUUUGUUUCUUGUAAACUGAGGGACAGUGGGAACAGGGGUGGGGAAUCGGGGUGUAAUACCAGCACCGCUCUACAGUGCUAGUUCAUCAUUGCAUUUCACAUGACACUGAUGUUUACAGAGCAUGCAGAUGUCUUUGAAGCCCCUUUUGAACUGAGGCAGCUACCAGCGAGUGAUGUCAGGAUGAAAAAAAUCCAAACGUCUAAUAAAAACUAAACAGAACUUCACGUACUUGUAAAAUUGUUUGCUGUCUGAUUGAACAUUGCUUUUCAGAAUUAUAAGGAUUUUGUGACCGUGAUAAUAGAAUGACUAACAUUCAAGGGACUUGAUGGACGUCUGUCACUGCUCUGUAGACUUACACGGUCAGUCAAACCCGUCAGCGUUUGCCUCUAUGAUGUCAUGAGCUUUCUGCGACAUCACAGAUCUUGUGCAUCUGGAGAUGCAAGUUACUUUUAUCUUCAGCGGCACUGUUCCAGACCAAAUACAGACCCUGACGCUCCCUGAGUGAUCAGACAACACAUGGACAGAUUAAAUCAAUAAGUAACAUUGUUUACCCAAUCCAAGUUGGAAGUCCAUGUUUAUCUUUUGUCUAGGUUAUAAGAAAUUUAAAUUUCCCACUAUGAAAUUAACAUUAUCAAGAAAAUGCUACUUAGCAGGCGCAGAGCUUUUUUUUUUUUUUUUGGAACCUUAUUUUUUUGCCAUUGUUUUCUGCGUCCAUAACUUAAUUCUUCACUUAAAUUUGGAAUCAUGGAAUAUGAUGAAUUGAGUUAUUGAGGGAGUAUUUGGUCUGGAACCUAGACGCUGCCUCUUUCUGCCCAAACAGUUUCAAGUGUCCACAUCCAAAUCAGGUUUUCAAAUGGCCUCUCCUCCUCUUAUGUAAUUUCCUGUGUUUUUUGAGAAUGAGGCAUUUUGUGUCUCUACUGGGUACAGUAACCUGUGGUGUCCAUUCAGUACUAGCCAUAGGAAGAUACGUGUGGAGACAGUAUUGUCACAUCCAGUCCGAAUAUAGCAGUAACGAACAUGCGGCCUCCUUUAUGUUCUUCUCUUUGUAGGUUGAAUUUCUGGAGGAAGUUUUUUUUUUUUUUUUUUUCUUUAAACCACACGUCUUUACUCUGGUCUGCUUUUCCCUGAAACAUCAGCAUCUUUGAAGUUGUGAACCAAUCUGGAAAAGAACCGCUACCAACCCAAUGGCAAAUUGGUGUCCAUUUAAUUGAUUCUUGUUGUCACCAAGGAAACGUGACCAGAACAUGGAGAUAAUUAAGUCUUGGUUUAAUGAGAACUACCUUUAAUAGUGUUGGACCACAACCGUCGAAUGGCACCCUGGUGAAUCCGAUAGGAAUGUCCGCCAGGUGGAUUGUACAACAUGAAAUCAUUUUUGGUGAUUUUUUUUUGAGUUAGAAGACAGAGGCUGUUUAAAAAAAAGAGUUGAAGACACAGUAUAAAUUUCAAUACAAAGAAAAAUAAUGAAAAAAGGCAAAUAAAGAAGUUAAAGACA